UCUAAAUUGUAUAUAAGGAAAAUCCACCGAGAGAGAGAGAGAGAGAGAGAGAGAGAGAAUGUGUUUUUGUGUGUAAUUCUUGCAAGUAAGAGACAGAGGUCCUGAAAGAGUGGGUAAAGGUUUCAAACUUUCAAUGAAAAUCAAUAUCAAAGAAAGUGUAGAAAAUGGAAUCUCCGAAUUUUUCUAUAAGGAAGGUUUUGGCAUUCUCUGAUUUUCUUUGACGCGGACAGGCUUCUCACUACAUGCCAAAGCCACCGCUCUAUCUCUCUCUCUCUCUCUCGCUCGCUCGCUAGCUCGUUCUCUUGCACUCUCGUUUUGUCCUGUUCCUAUAGCAUGCCUCUUUUGUUCUAUAAAUUAGUCAUAAUCCACCUUCGUUGAACUCCCUAGUGCCUUGAUUUUUCUUUUUUGCCUUUUCUUCUCAAAUACAAAGGCUUUGAGAUAGUAUGGAGGAAUUCGGUUCUAUGUGGAGUUGCCCGGAGAAACAGUCCUCUUCUGAAUAUUGUCAGAGCAUUGAUGAGCUGAAGCAGAAGCUUUUCGACACCACUUUUGAGCUGGAGUCAUUUAAAAUGGCAGCAAGGGAGGAAAUCAGAAAGAACAAGGAGAAUGUGAGGAGUUUACUUAAUCUUCUAAAGAUGGCAUACCAAGAACGAGAUGAAGCAAGAAAUCAGCUGCAGAAGAUCCUAAACAAGCUCAUUCCUUCUAGCCCAACAGAAUUGCCUAAACUACUCCCUCAUGCUCAAGAUGAAAGCCCUCUUGUAAUGCCUGCUAAAGCAAACUCAGGCAUUACAGAAUCAAACAGUCUGUCUGAAACAUGUAACUACCAUUCACAUGGCUCUUCCCCAGCAGAUUCUUUCUUUGGUGAUGCUGUUUCAUCCCCGGAUUUCUCAAACAUUAAUGUGGUCGAUUCGGGUUUUGUAAAUCAGCCACUUGUUCAUAAGUAUAAUGGCUGUUUGUCCACAGGCCUAGUCUCUUCAGGAAAGGCAAAGAUUGAUCCAGCUACUGAAGUAAUUGAUAAUCUUGUCAAAGGAAAAGCUCUUCCUCAAAAGGGAAAGCUUUUACAAGCUGUGAUGGAAGCAGGUCCUUUACUUCAGACACUUAUUGUUGCUGGGCCGCUUCCUCGAUGGCGGAAUCCUCCUCCUUUGCAACCCUUCAAAAUUCCUCCUGUUUCCAUUGAAGGUUGUCAGAAUGCAAAUGUUGAUUUUAAAUCUACUGCCACUGCAACUUUAAUGGCUCUGAAACCACUGAAUUCAUCCUCAUAUCCUGUGAUGUCUCGUGGGACUUCUCAAACUUGUUCAGCAUCCAUAUUAAAUUUUGCUAGUAGUCCUUCUGCUUCAUGUUUGAACAAUUCGCGGCUUUUGACUCCCACUGCUAGUAUUAACAAUCAUGUCCCUGCAGGCAAGCGACAAAGGUUUCUAUGAAAUCACUAAACUUUGCUUCUCUUUUGUAAGAACCAAAUUUCAGUGGUUGAUGGUGUAAAUGGGAUACUCUUGUUUUUGGUUUUGAACUUUUGAAUGACAUAGCUUUUUAACUUGGUUUAA